UCGAUAUGGGACCAGAAGAAUGUUUUUCGACUCCGAAUUAUCUUAUAGGUUUCCGUGUGGCUCACCUUGGAAAGCCAAGAGCCGCUGAACUUGGGUCCUCCAAACGUGGCAUCUGCUCAUCUCAUCGGCGUUGUCCGUCGUGAAUGCCGAAGGAAAAGAUCAGAAACAUCAGAUGGAGGAAAUCACUAUUCCCCUCCUCACUCCCUAUAAAAUGGGCAAGUUCGAUCUUUCUCACAGAGUAGUUUUGGCACCAUUAACUAGACAAAGAUCAUUCAACAACAUUCCUCAACCACCUGCUGUCUUAUACUAUUCUCAGAGAACCACCAAAGGGGGACUUCUCAUAAGUGAAGCGACAGGGGUUUCUGACACUUCUCAAGGGUAUCCAAAUACACCUGGUAUUUGGACCAAAGAGCAGGUGGAAGCCUGGAAACCUAUUGUGGAUGCUGUUCAUAUGAAGGGUGGCAUCUUUUUUUGCCAGAUUUGGCAUGUGGGAAGGGUUUCUAACUAUGGUUUUCAGCCAAAUGGGAGAGCUCCCAUCUCUUGUACUGAUAAACCAUUGAAGGCACAACUUCGAGCUAAUGGUGUUGAUGUAGCAGAGUUCUCACCUCCACGACGAUUAAAAACUGAGGAAAUCUAUCAAGUUGUCAAUGAUUUUAGGAUUGCAGCAAGGAAUGCUAUGGAAGUUGGUUUUGAUGGAGUUGAAAUCCAUGGAGCUCAUGGGUACCUUCUUGACCAGUUCAUGAAAGAUCAAGUGAAUGAUCGAGAAGAUAUAUAUGGUGGGACCUUAGAAAAUCGUUGCCGCUUCCCUCUAGAAGUAGUUGAGGCCAUUGUUAAUGUGAUUGGGCCUGACAAAGUUGGAAUUAGGCUUUCUCCCUUUGCAAAUUACAUGGAGUCUGGGGACUCGAACCCAGAAGCUCUAGGACUUUACAUGGCUGAAUCCCUUAACAAAUAUGGAAUUUGUUACUGCCAUAUGGUUGAGCCAAGGAUGAAGACAGUUAGUGAGAAGGUUGAAUGUCCACAAAGUCUUCUACCAAUGAGAAAGUCUUUCAAUGGUACUUUCAUUGUUGCUGGGGGCUAUGAUAGAGAAGAUGGAAAUAGGGCUAUCGAUAAAAAUCAUGCUGAUCUUGUUGCUUAUGGUCGUCUGUUUUUGGCCAACCCAGAUUUGCCAAGGAGAUUUGAACUUGAUGCUCCACUUAACAAGUACAAUAGAGAUACAUUUUAUACAACUGAUCCUGUCAUUGGUUACACAGACUAUCCAUUUCUUGAAUCUUCUACAUAGGUGCCGAUUGUAGAAGGGGACCCUGAACUUUGUUAAUGUGAAUUUGUGAUUAUCCAUUUCUUGAACCCUCUACUCGGAUUUCAAAUUGAACAUAUAAAGGAAUAGAAUUUUUGGUGCUGUUCUUUUGGAGGAAUCCCACUGUUUUCUAGAAUUGUAGUAGCAUUGCAUGAGUAGGUUGUGAUUUGUACCGUUGUCAUUUCUGACUCAAAACAUUUAGAGAGGCAAUGACAUUUUAUGUCAAAACAUCAGCACAGGUAUUUUGACAUGACAUUUCUUUGAUUGGUACUUA